CUAAUAUUUAGGUUCCAAGAUUGUUGUUUACUUUUCAAAUAUCGUAGUUCGUAGUUCAACAAAUUCUGCAACCGUUUAUGAAUUGGAAAAAUGGCUGAUAAUCUGUACGGCAGGACUGAAAAAUCGCUAGGAUUGCUGACAAUUCGCUUUGUAUCGUUAUUACAAAAAGCGCGAGACGGUGUACUUGACCUGAAAGUUGCAGCCGACGUGCUGGCGGUGCGGCAGAAGCGGAGGAUAUACGACAUCACCAACGUCCUCGAAGGGAUUGGCCUCAUCGAGAAGAAGAACAAGAACAGCAUCCAAUGGAAGGGAGCCGUGCCAGGGUGCAACGGCGAGAACGUCUCCAGCCGGGUCGGCAAGCUCAGCCGCGAGAUAGAGCAGCUCGAGAGCUACGAGAAGAAGCUGGAUGUCCACGAGCAGUGGGUGCAGCAGAGCAUCCGCAACAUCACGGAGGACGGGGAGAACUACCGCCUGGCCUACGUCACCCAGAAGGACGUGUGCCAGUGCUUCCCGGAGCAGACGCGGCUGGCCAUCCAGGCCCCGCAGGGCACUGCACUCACCGUGCCGCAUGCCGCUGACAACGGUGUGAGGAAGUACCAGGUCCACCUGCAGUCCAACUUGGGCCCCAUCUAUGUGCACCUUGUCACGGACGACUCCGCGAAGCAGUCGGAGACGGACUCUUUGCUCAGGGAUCCACGCUGGCUGCAGCCCCUCAGGCCAGACGACGCUGCCUCGGACGCCCGGCAGCCUGGCUGCUCUCCGCAGCAGUCGGAGAACCGGGACCUAUUAGUCAGGUCGGGCGUGAAGCGGAAGAAAUCUGGCAGUCCCGCCAAAGUGACGGGCAGCGUUGAGAAGAUGGAUGAAGUAUUUGGACUGGAGCCAGAUGUCAUUCUCAGUGACGUGUUGUCUGGAACGUGCCCAGAUGAGACGGCAACACAGGACGGCCUCAUGGAGGAGCUGCUCAGCCCGGACUAUUUUGGGCCGUUGGUGAGGCUGAGCCCGCCCCUGAACGACAAGGACUACUGCUUCAACCUGGCCGAUCACGAGGGGGUGUGCGACCUGUUUGACAUUCCCACGGGUGCGCUGUGAGGGCGACCGCCUCCUGAGAGGAAGCUGUCGUCCGACCCGAGCGUUGCCCUGCGUUGGUGCACGCGCGUGAUCUCCGCGGACGUUCAUUGGGACGUCCUUGUAAAUACCCAGGGUCUGCCCGAUCAGUUCCCACGGCUCCGUGGGUUCAGCAAUGUGCAGAACCAAAUGUAAAUAUGUAGAUAUUGUGAACAGUACGUAAUAACCGCAGGCGUUCUCCGUUCUCACAUGCCUGUUCUGCAUCAGUCAAAUGAAUUGAUGUUUGCUGGAAGGGGUAAACUAUGGUCAGCCCUAGCACAAUUACCUAUAUGUUUACAAACAACUGUAUUGUAUUAAGUAAAGACCAUGGGUCUUGUGAUGAGAUGUGUUUGCAGUUGCUUCAUGUAGAGAUUUGAGGACUAAUUUAUAGAUUAAUCUAUCCUUAAAUGUUUGUAACAUAUAUUUAAAAUAGGUAACUUUAGCUUUCCUUUAUAAUGUAAAAAACAAGGAAAAAAGAUUUCUACAUCCUUUUCUCUUUGUUUGUAAAUCGAACAUCUUCCGUGGUAACAACUCUUGAACUUGAAUUUUAACACAGCUUCAGAUGGAAAGCAAAUAAUGAACUGUGCAAAAAGAUCUUUAUCUAGUCCUGAAAUACCAGUAAUUAGUAAUUACUGCAUAACAAAGACAGUUAAAAAUAAAUGUUUAUUUGUAGGGCACAUGAACAUAGUGAUCUUAGUCGAGUUUUGCAGAUUUAACUUUGCCAUUCCAUUUAAUAAUUUGAACGUUACGCUGUGAAAUAUAUAGCUAACUCAAGCUGCCUCAUGUGUACUAUCUGUUAACUACAGUAAAACCCAGUUGUUAGGACCCAUGUACCAGAGUCACCCAUAAGAAAACCUGAUUUCUUCCCUACAGUAAGCGAUGGCAGGCUGGGAAGGAAAAGCCUCAGUACUGUGCGGUGGCCAAGAUUUUGUUACGAUGUUGACUUUAAUCUGCAGUGUACAGGUAAAGUCAUUAUGGCAGAGCAGAGGCAACAUACCGAGCUAUGAUAUGCAGGUAUCAUAAUUCAUAAGAUUUUAUCUGAUGCAAUUUGAUCCACAACUUCAAAUACUACUUCAUUGCUUCUACAAACAUUUGUCCUCGCUCAAAGAUGUGUUUGACUAUCAGACAUGCUGGUACCCAACGUGAGUGUUAAUUUCUGUUAGCUGGUUUUCGUAACAUGGCGUGUCACCCUUACAACUGAACUUGUGCUCCAUUUAACUAUUACUAAGUUGUUAUUAAUGUGAUGUUCUCAACUGUACUUGUGAUAUUGCGCGAGAACUUGGUUAUAUGUUUGUAUGUUGGAGUUAAGAACUAUUGUCUGUCAUGUUAUUCUGUGUAUAUUGUUCCUGUGUGUACAAUAGGAAUAGUGUUCAUAAUUUUGUGUAAUGUUAUUGUGAUCUGCAUAUUACAAAAAUCAUUCUUGGUUCACUGUAAACGCGAACUGUGUAUGUUUGUAGGCUCUGCUUUGUUUCCCCUUCACCGAGGGCCUAUAUGUUUUCAAAAAACAUCUUGAGCCUUGUACCUACCUGUUUAAAGUAUAGGUUUAUGUGAAUGUUCUAUACAAUUAUCAGACCAAGUAAACUUUAAAAGUCUGGUGUUAACUAUCACUUUGCACACCAUGUGCGAGAAGGCUAAAACUUAAUUAUACAGUAAUUUUCAAUGGAGUGUUUCAUAUUUGAAGUCAUUAUGUUGAGCAACCAAAUAAUUUAAUAAACCAAGAUUAUAAACAAUGAAAUUGUAAUGAAACACAGCACAUUUGACAUACAUGCAUAAUGUCACAACAUUUUAUCACAUUAAUCUUUCAUAGGCACAAUUUUGCAAGAAUGAUUUUUUCUUUCAAAAUAAACUUAAAUAUGUUUUUAUUACAUUUUUAAAGUUAAUUUUUAUUUGUUUAAUUGCAUUGUUAUUUUCCUUUUGUUAGUUUUAUUUAUAGGCUGAUGUUUUGCAAAGCAGGGUAGUAAAAAAUGUUUUGGAAACUGAUGUACAAGGACUUUACUGAACAUGUAUACUUCCAAUAGUUGAUUGAAAACUAAAAAAUUGUUUUUAUCUUGCCUGUAACAGUCCAUGCCUACAGUUUGCAGAUGGAGGUUUUAAUAGUGUGAGUAUUGCAUCUUCUUAAAUUUAAGGGGAGUGAUAGGAACGAAAGAUGCCAUCUUGGUUUUAAAUGAUUUUAUGCCAUAGCAAUUAGUAUCUAUUUAUUUUCAACAUUUGGCUUCGUUAAAGUGUAGAAAAUAAUAAAUUUGUUUAAAUGCCUGAAGUUAAUAGUGACUGGAUAGUUUUUCCUGUGAGGUGAUGGUUGGUUAUAAUUGAAUUCAUUUUUUGGAAUUGUGAGACUCGAAGAUUGUUAAAAAAAAUCUCUUAAUAUGUGUCUGUGUUAAAUUAGACAAAUUUUCAAUAUUAAAUAUAAAAAAGGUUCAUGACGUACAAACUAUAAAAACCAAUAUGGUGUGUCUCCGUUGGUGUUUCUCCAUUUCUAUUCCUCCCCCUUAAGUUUUUCAUGUUUUGUGCAUGUAGUGUGAUAGGGAUUUCCAUUUCAUACAAAAAUUGUGUUUCAGAUGCUAAGCUAACUUCUGCUUAAGUUUGAGCCAGUGGUCACAUUGUUCACAAGUGCACUAAGGGUGUGUACUACGAGCACUCGUACACUCAACCCACAAGACCAAAUUGAGUGAAUUUGUGAAGGAGCAGACGAGGUCAUGUUAAUUAAUCUAGAUUUCAAACUACCUCAAACACAUGCAAAUCAAAUUUGUAAUAAACACUUACCUGCAUGUUGGCAUACUCGUAAUGUUCAGAAUUUAUAUUCAAAGAAAACAUUAAUCUGAAAUAUUUCUGAAUUGCAUUAGAUAAUUUACAUACUAUUUUAUAUGACACGAACAACAUUAUUACGGAUGUUACAGAGUCAACAAGGUUAAAACUAGAUCAUGUGAGUUGCUAACACAUUUUUUCUUGACAUUACACUACUGUAAUUUUAAAAGAAGAAAAAAUUAUGUACAUUCAUAGUAAUGUUACAAUAAUCUGGAAAUAAUAAUUCAUUAAAAAAAUUUUUAAACUCACGCCCACAAAACCCUGUUGUAGCAAAACUGAUCAGCAUUAGAAUUGUGCUUGCAAAUGUAACACUAUGUGUUGCUGAACAUUUCUGAUCAUUUUUUAAUCCUGGAGUGCACACAUUUCCAAUGCAAUGUGGCAUUAUGUUACUAGGUUAUUAAGCACCAGUAAUUUGUUGCACAAAGAAUGUUUAUGAAAUUUUUCACAAUGUCAUUAAUUUCAAACAAGAUAGCAUAAUGUGCAAUUUUGUAAUUCAUGUGUGUACAAUAUUUUGUAAUCUUUGUGGUAUGUUUUUGUAUUCCAGUAUUUUAUGACAGUUUAAAUGAUGUCCCUCAUCAAGUGAAAAUUAAAAAAAAAAAAAAAACUGUCUUCAUUACCACGUGCUUGGUAGUAUUAUUUCCGACUAAAGUUGUGCUCAUAUAGUGUAAUUCUAAUACAUAGAAUAUUUUACUGCACUACAAAUUAUAGGAAGGAGUUGGUACAAACAUGUACAGAUCAUUAAAAAAAAAAUCAUCAGAGGUCCGCAGUCAUGUUAAUUUUAAUCAUACUAAACUAUUUUAGCUUUAGUUUAAGGCAAUGAUACACUUUAAAAAAAACACAAUUACAUGUUCAUAAAAAAAGGGGAUUGGUUGAGGCAUGCACACACUUGUUUCCUGCCACAGUAAAGCCAGUCGACAAGUUGAUGCUCCACCGCAGACACGUCGUAAUAAUCGGUUGCAGUAGAAUCUUCCGGGGCGGGGCCGAGCAUGCACAGGCGAGCGUGAGGUCGAGAAGGCUUCUUGCCGAGUGUCACUGAGGCUCAUUGUCACAGGUGAUUGGACAGCGAAGGUGGGGGUGAAGUGGUUCUCCACAGGGAGGGGGAGAAACUUUGGUUGUCACAAGCUCGUCCCUGCCUCUCUGGCCCUAAUCCUUAUGCAUGUCCAAAAUGGCAGUGCCCUUGCAUGUUGUCUAGUUUCAUGGUAGAUUCUUGAAAAGUUAAUCAAUUUUAAUAAAAUGUCCUACAUUGGGACGCGGUUUGCCGAUACCCAAGGUUGGCAUAGAAAUUAACGAACUGAUCGCUGAACUGUCGGAAGUGUGGGCGAAGCUGAGAACUGUCUCGCAACACGUAUUAAUAAUGAAGCCAGGGCCGCGUACCGCAGACACAUUUUGUACGACAAAGAUAGUUUGGCAUGGGGCAUGAAUAUACAUAUUACGUUGAGUGGCUGAUGAGUUUCGACCAGCCAUAGGGCUAGUUGCAGAGCCAGAAAACUGAAAAUAUAAAAGAAUACCGUGCUAUUGAUGUGAAGGUCGAUGCACUAAAAGGAUGAGGUUCUCCAUGCAGCUAUAGGUACAUGUCUAACCCCGAUGGCAGUUCGUGAACUGAGGUGAAUUAUGAAUGGCUUCUGGCCACUAGGAAUCACACCAUAUCAAAAUACUGUAAUAAAUCAGAAUGAACUCCGUGAAAAAACAAUGUCUAAUAUAUAAUGAACAGAAUGAUUAAAACAUAAUUUUAAGCUUGUAUCACAAUAAAUUUUUUGUACAGGCUUCACCAGACACUUUCAACAAAACUAGUAGCUAAGCCUCCAUGGCAGCAAGUAUUGUGGUCAGUUUCUAUGGAAUAACCUAUCACGCACAACCCUUGGCAUCCUCAAUAAACAUGUGAACUUAAUUUAUUGUGGAAGUAAGAACUUUUGUUUAUUUUGAAAAUUAAAUAUUGAAAAAAAUACACAUUCAUAUUCACUGGAAAGAAAAAAGAAAGAAAAAAAAUUACGCCACGUUCCUAUUAUUAUUCAUGUAAUCAAAAUUAAUUGGAACAAAUAUAUAUACAAACAGGUACCUAUGAAAUUGCACUAUCAUACUGUUUCAAUAAUUAUUAUAUGCAAAUCACCCAAAAUAUUCAACAUAAAAGAAUUUUAAUAGUGCCGUUAAAUUUAAUUACCAUGCAACAAAAUACUUCAAUCAACAUAACACAUAAAAAAAAACCAUCAGAUUACAUCAUUCAUAAUAUCUUCUUGUACAUAAAACAAUGGUUGAAAAAUGUUAUAUACAUGAAAAAUAUACCAAUUAACAUUACUCAAUUAUGUUGAAACAAACCUUAUUCAAACAGUUCCUUGUAAUAAAAAUAACCUAUAACGAAGCUAUAGGAGAGUCAGUUUUAAAAUUGCCUGAGAUUAAUGUUUUUAUGACUGAAUAUAAUCAUGAUACACGUCAGUUUGUACGAAAACCAUAUAACAUGUUUAUAUUUACUAAAAACUAGCUUCAAUCGGUCACACUGAUAUUAUCAUCCUUAACCUCCGGGUUUGUCGACAAAGUAUACUUUCUUAUGUAGAUUUUAACAUAUCAGUUUAGUCUGUGCCAAUAAUAAUAUGGUGAACUUCAAACCAAAGAAUUCCACGCAUAACAUAAGUCAUUGGCUUAAUAACUUGGACACAUUACAACCAAAUUAACAGUCACAAAAACUAAUUUUCAAGGCUUUGUCAAAUAAAUAUCAGAAAUAGGUCCAAAACUUGUUACGAUGCUCGGAAUUAUUCAGGUAGGUAUUUCAUUCUUACUUGAAGACUUCUCUGACAGAAUAAAGCCUGAGGCCUUACCAAUUCUGUAACUGGCCAAAUCAAGCCAAUAUCAAACCUGAUUAGUAUGAUUUAUCUUUCCAUUCGUAGCCAAACGUCACAGGAUUAUCCUCAAGUACAAAUCUUUAUAUUAGGCCAUAUCCUGACAAAGACUUUAAGUAGGCAUCAAGCCUAGAUCAUGCCAUACUUAAUCAAUGGCUCCACGAAGCCUUUUUUUUCUUUUUAGUGUCCCUGCACUAAUACAAAAUUCAUCUAUUUAAUUGUUACAUAAUUUAAACAUUCAGUGUUAGCCUAAAUCAACAAACUUAUUACAAUAUGGCAGUAAUUAAUAGCAAAAAAGGAUACUCAGUAUAACAAUGAAAAAUACGUUAAUACAUAACCAUAAUAUUGUAAACUGACUAAUUUUAAAUAUAAAAAUUAUGUAAAUACCUGCCCUCCACAUUAACAUAAAACAAACAAGUGUAAAUAUUG